AUGACUACAUCAAGCGCACCUCAGACAGAGGCAGCCCCUCAGCCAGGCCCAUCUCGCAUUGUGACUGCUGUACAGACCGGACUGGCCUACGAUGUCGGAGAGCUGAGCCCCAACUCCCAAAAGAACGCCGCAGAAGGCCUCCGCAACGACAGAAUGUCAAUGGUCCGCUGCUACGAGCGCGACGACGACUUCCACUUUGAACUCCAAGAGCGUAUCCGUGUCACUGUCCCUGACGAAGGAGCCCCGACUUGCUCGACUUGUCCUGACGACCAAGGUCGUGCCUGCCGCCACAUCUGGUGGGUCAACGAUCAGAUCUUGAGUACCGUUAUUCCCGGGCAAGCUCGAUCUCAUUUCCAGUAUCAAAUUUCUCGUGAUGGACAGGCUGUUCGGAGGGCUGAUGAGCAGGAGCCUUUGAUGUUUCAUGGAUUUUUGAAACAGGGGGGUCUUGAGCGUCUUGCGAGGCUUGGUGGUUGGUGGAAGCAAGAUCCCAUGGUUCAGCAAGAUGUCAGAGAAGUUGAAGAGACGGUCACGCGUACCCUUUCGACCUUUGAGCCUUGCGGUGUGCUUUCCAAGCAACACGGUCAAGAUAACUUUGAGAUGUUGCAGCAGGAGUCGCAAGCACUCUUUGCACGAUACAAGAACGAAGUGAUCAGACAGGUCCAAUCUCAGCCCUUCCUGCUCAUCGCUCUGGGCGCAGCAGUCCCCGAAGCCUCGCGAGCCCUCUUGCAUCUGACCAAAAUCCACAGCCGCAUCGAGCGCAUCUUCUUCGACUACGGACUCUGGAUGGCGAUGCGCACGCCCGAAGACAGCAACCUCGAAGCCACUUCCAUAGCUCUCCACGAUGAGAUGACCUACUUGCGCUCGUUUGUUGUCAGCCACAAUCCUGCCACCAUGGCUGUCACUAUGCAACUCAAGGUUGCUGGCAUCUUGCUGUAUACUCUGGAGCAAUUGGUGCAGUAUGCAGGAGAUAUCCAGCAAAAUGCUGUGGUGACUAUUCCUCAAUACUCUGGUCUUGGACUCCAGGAUAGAAGUUUGUUGCAUAAGAUGAUUGAUCCUAGAUCUCCUGAGAUCUUCGUACUCAAUAUUCUGAGGACACUCGGUGAAGAGGUUAGGUAUAGCAAGAUGAUCCAGGAGAGAGUUGAGGCUUUGGCGGAUAAAUUGAGGGAAGGAGAUGAGCCUUGUCCGGCGAGGUAUAUCGAGUUAUUGGAAAAGUUUGUUGGGCUUGACGGGUGA